AUGGGACGACCAGGCACUCUCGGUGUUUGCGUCUCGGAUGCAAGUGGUCUCUCUCUAUCUACGAGGGGAUCUUUAAAGUCCGAUGUGGCACCAUUGGGAUCUCAACUUUUAACACUCUGCUCCCAGCUUGAACCAUCGAAUGGGGUUAUUCCCGAAGUUUAUCUUCUCAAACAAACAUUUCGAAUUACUAUGGGCGAAGUUAGUCUAACGAUUGAGUUUUCUGGUGGCUGCGAAUUUCUGGUUGGAAAUAAGAAAGAACACAAGGUUUCUUUUCCAUGCGACGAAGAUUUCGUUACUGUGGCCGAUGUUAUUCGACAUGUUAAGGAUGUCAUGCUUAAGGACAGUGAUAGACAAGAUCUUCUAAUUGAAGGGGAGACGAUAAGACCUGGUGUACUAGUUCUCGUGAACGAAUGUGACUGGGAACUACUGGACUGUGAAAAAUGUCAGUUGUAUAACGGUGACUUAGUCACAUUUAUAUCAACUCUUCAUGGUGGUUAA